GGAUUUUAUACAUGGAUGAUAUGGGUGGACUUCUUUCGGAUCCUGAUGAUGGAUUCUACCCUGGUCAACCUACACCAGUCACUCGAUGGGAGCUUGCGGAACAAAAGAAUCGAGAGUGGGAUAGAAUGCUAAUUGAGACUAGCUCUCGUACUGACUUGGAAUUAAGAGGGCAUUGCUUCGAGUGUACAGACAUACCGUCGCUGGACCCUGAUGUCUUGGAACAUGGUUCAUGUUUUGCAAGUUCUGUGCACAGCGAUCGCUGGAGGCGCUUGGUUAGUGCCAUACAGGAUUCUAAAGCCACGCAAACUGCUGUGGUUGCUCAUGAUACUAUGAGUGAGUUGGUAAAGGUAGAGAUUCUCUUAUUUGGUAACAAUAGUACCGUGUUGAGGCAACAGCUUGUACGUGGUCUAAUAUUUCUAAUUUGGAACAACCACACACUUACUCAAGCUCCAUGGUACUCCAGGCUGAUGCAAUUGGCAAGAGAUAUAGAUGCAUGUUGUUUUUUGCGUCGUUUGGCUGAUGAAAAUUGCCGCAUUAAUCUGAGUCCCUUGAUAACUCCAUAUAGCAGCUUAGACGAUGCAUUGGAUAUAUUUCAACAAGAAGGACUUGAUGGUGAGACUGCUUGGUCACCAUACGUGGAAGGGGAACUGAUGUAUCGCUUAGCAUCGAGAGGGUUUAUUACAGUCGCCGUGAGUGUAGAAGCGCUGGAUCAUCAUAAGCGACUGCUGAUACCUAAAAUGCAUACCGAUCGUUGUUACCUUAGACCCUUACAUAUACGUAUGACAAAGCGUGGAAAGAAUGCGGCGAAGCAUAUGAGAAUAACACUGGAUACCGUGUUUAAUCGAGUGAUCAAAGGAAUCGUACGCCAACACGGUGAAAAUUGGAUGUAUCCCGAAAUGCAACGUGAAUUCAAUCAAAUGUACUACCAAAAACAUCGUUACGAGGUAGAAGGUACUACAUUACACUCUGUGGAGGUGUGGCAAGGAAGAGAAUUGGUCGCCGGUGAAAUCGGUUUUAUCACCGGCGGUGUGUAUACCAGUGUAACUGGAUUCCAUACCGUAUCCUCAUCAGGAACUUUCCAAAUGUACUCUCUGGCUGCUAUUUUACAUUUCCAGGGCAUUGAUUUUUGGGACCUAGGUAUGGAUAUACCGUAUAAACGCAGUCUAGGCGCUAAUGUAAUAUCUCGUGGCGCAUUCAUUGACGCCUUUACAAAUGCCAAGAGACAGGAACGGACAUUUGAGAUACCUCAGCGCUUCCGAGAUCACGCUAAUGGAGUCGCUUUAUUGGAAGAAUUCGAAAAUGAGCAACGCCGAUGCGGAGUUGUUUAAUAACAUGGCAGGCGCCAAGUCCUU